CAUUUCAAAACAAAGUAGUGAGUUCUAUCGUAACUGUAUUGCUUAAAAGCGUUGGUGUUGUUUCUAUUCACAAUAAAUAGCAUUACUAAGGUUAAUUUCACUGUAGUUUUAACUAUGGCAGGACCUCAAAACUGCUUCAUCUGCACUGCCAAGUUUGGAUUCUUCAAGAAACAAGUGGAUUGCAUUAAUUGUAAUAAAACAACUUGCAAGGAAUGUCAGAAUUAUAUGAUGGUAGUCCCUUCAAAAGGCAGCCAGCCUCAAAAUGUGUGCAAACAAUGUUUUCAAGCAUCUAAGAAUAAAUCUUCUAGGAGAGUAUCGCCACCAAGGAACUUUAAAAGAGAACUGGAAAAAAGAAGGGAGGCAGAAGAGAAAAAGGAGAAAAAGGAGUUAGAAAGUCCAGAGGAUCAAUCAAUACGAGAGAGACUUGAAAAACUGAGAUCUGAACCAGUGAAAAAUGAUACAGAAAGAAGAGAUAUAUCUGUCGAUGAGAUAAAAACAAGGUUGGAGAAAUUGUGCACGACAGAUCGAACAAUUACUGACGAAGAGAUUGAAUAUAGGUUGGGAAAGUUAAAGGGGUCACGACCACCGGCUAUUAGGGUUCAUAGUAUCAGAAAAAGGCCGAUCGAUCAACCUCAGUCUUCUAAAGAAGAUCAGUCAGAAUACAGCCAAGCAAAAAAGCUGAUUCGGCAAUUUACGCAAGAAAUUGCCAUGGAAACUGAUGAUGUUGACUCAGCAGAAUCAAGCGCAAAUAAUAUCCCGGAAAAUCCGAGCACAGACGACUUAAUAGCGCUUGCGGUGGCGGAAAUUCACCGAGAAGAGCAACAGAUGAAAGAUGAGGGAAUGACGGAGACAGAAAUAUCGCGGCGAUUGUCGCAACUUCAUGAUCUACCUGAUGUGGAACUAGACGAAGCCACUGGUAUGGAUUUUGACGACAUUGACCCAAAAAGCGCGGAACUAAUUAAACAAAUAAUGGCUGAAGACAGAUUGGAGCAGAGUCUUGGUUAUAUUCCUAAUACCCAGAGUAUAAGUGAAGUUACUCCAAAACCUGAGCCAGAAAAUGAAGAAUUCCCGUGGUGUAUGUUAUGCAAUGAUGAUGCAAUUGUAAGAUGUUUGACUUGCGAGAGGGAACUUUUCUGUAGAAAUUGUUAUAAAGAAAUACACAAAGAUUCGGACAUGAAAGGGCAUAAAACUGAAAAGUAUGAAUCGAAAAACAAAGAUAUAUGAAACAUGCCUUUACUUAUUUCUUCAUGUAAUGCUUGUUCUGUAUUGUGUAUCUAAUUCUAUGUGCUAUUAAUUAUUUUUCCAUUGUAUGCACUGUACUGUAAGAGAAUAUUCUUAUAGAGUAACACAAAGUUAAACACAGGUUAUAAUGCUUAUAUAAGCUUAUAUAUAUAUAUUAAUUUGAACAAGCUUAAAUGUAAAGUAUGCACUUUUAAUUCAGUACAAUGACCAAACUCAAAGUAUAGCAGUAUGUAUAAUUAUAAGCAUGAGUAUCUAAGUUGCUUAUAUAUUUGCACAACCAUAUUAUAGGAACUUAACCUAGAGUGGAAAUGUACCUACUCUAUCAUUUUUUGCAUUAUUUAAUAAACAUUUGGACGCAAUAAGUUAAGUUUGUUUCACAUAAUUAUGUGUCCAACUAUCCCUGCCUCCCCUGCAAUUAAAAAACUUUGACAGCUAUGUGUACACCGGAUGUAUCUGUUGAUGAUAUUAAUAUGUCUACA